AAUUCAUUCAACGUGAUCGCGGCUUACAAAUUAACCUAACAUUUGAUAGUUUCAUCACACAAUUGUUUUAAUAUCAGUUACAUGUCAUGAAUUUCAAAUAUAUAUAGACAGUAAAAGGAAUAUUAUUAUCAAGAUGGAUAGUAAUAAUUAUACUCCAUACAAUGAACGAAUAACAAACUUUUUGGACGAGCUGCACAAGUUGACUGAGACAAUCAAUGCUCAAUUGAAAAAUAGUAAAUCAGGUAGAGAGGAUGACAAUACUUCAAGAUCAAGGCGUAAUUGUGAUGUACCACAUCCUGGGUCAAGUCAAUCACAAUCACAAGCUCCAGAAACUGUCACUAAACCUAUACCAGUUUUAGUAUCAAGAAAUUUUUCACCUGAAUGUCAAAAUUCUGGAUCAGAUGAUGUACGACUGAUACACCAGGAUUCAAUCCCCAGACCAAGAGAUUUAUCAUCAGAUUAUAGAUAUCCGGUUUUUAGACCUAGAAACACAUUAUCAGCCCAGCGAUUCCAGCGUCCUUAUGUACCAACUCCCCGCUAUCAAGAUUACGAUCAUCCAGAUUAUAAUCAGUUUCAAAGUUGCAAUCAAUAUCAAAACUAUAAUCAGUAUCGGAAUUGUAAUCAGUAUCCAAAUUACCCUGACGUUCCAGACGAGUAUUCAAAUAGACGUAGAUAUCAACCCUAUUCUGUCCCACCGGCAGUACGUCCUCGUGCCGUAGCAGUCAAUGGAGUUUCUCAUUUUAAAAAAUUCAAAGAGUUGCCAUUUUUGAAUCUAAUAAGCGAGCUGCUGCCACCUCAAAUUUUGCAUUCACUUAGUCAGGGAUGUGAUCAGGAAAAUGUAAUCCGUUUGAAGCUGAACCAGAAUGAAUACGACACUUUUGUCAACUCGAGAUAUCUGAGAGACAAUAAACUGGAAUACAAAAAUCGGAUACUCAUGCGUUUUUGUCUGGACAAAAAUACAAAUCAACUUGAAGACAAAUUUCCCCUAGGUCUGAGAAUUAAAGUGAACAAACAUCACGUGCCUUUGGAUGUUACUUUUGAAGACUGGGUAUCAAUGAAAUCGAGACCAAUUGAUAUAAGUACGUUUGUUCAACAGAAAUCUAAAAAAUAUACAAAUAAAAUAAUAAUAAACUGGUUGGAUGAUAAAAGAAAAAACAAUAGAUAUGCGGUGGCUAUUUAUCUAGUUCACAAAACAACCAGUGAUGAUUUGUUCGACCAAUUGAAGACCAUGGGUCCCAGGAAUUCAGAUUACACGCGAAGACUUAUUGUAGAAAAAUUAAAUGAAGACGCUGAGGGUGAAAUUGCCACGACUGAUUUACGCGUAUCACUCGUUUGUCCCAUUGGUAAAAUAAGAAUGUCUACACCCUGUCGCACUUCUGGUUGCACUCAUUUUCAGUGCUUUGACGGACUAUUAUUUUUGAAAAUGAAUGAACUGAAAGCGAAAUGGAACUGUCCGAUUUGUAACAAACCAACUUCCUAUGAUGAUCUUGUAAUUGACGAUUACUUUAACGAGAUUCUGUCCUCGAGUAAGUUGAAGCCAGAUGUUAACGAAGUUCAAUUAUUCAAAGAUGGGUCCUGGGAUAAUUUUGUUCCACACGAAGAGUCAAACAAACAGAUGGCAAAUAAACUUAAGUCGAGGCUAGAUGUUGAAGUUAUUGAUGUGGACUGUGUGCCAUCGACUUCUGAUUGCGAUACUCAAGUUAUUGAUUUAGUUUCUAGUGAUGAAGAUAAUUUUGAUUGCUAUGGUACUUUUAUUAAAAAAGAACCUGGGGUUCUUAAGGAAGAAAUUAAAUCUUAUAUUCUUGAUCGAGAGUCAGGUUGUUACAUUACUACUAAUUCUGCAACAUCCAGAGAUGAUCAUUACUUUUAAUGCCAUUUUUUAUUAUUUUUUUUUAUUUAUAUAUUUAUAUAUUUUUUUUUAUUUGUGUCAUUACUGGAAUAAUGAGAUCUCAUAAAUAUUAAUACUCAAUUUAAUUAUAAGUUUGUAUCUAUUGUGUGCGUAUACUGUCGAAGUAUAUAUAUAUUAAAUAUAUAAAAUGUUGGCUACAUUUUGAAAUCAACUAUUAAUGUGAUGAUAAUAAAUUUAUUUUUGUUAUCGAGCUAAAAAUGUACAAAGCUUUAUAUAAAAAAUAUAUGUAUAAAAAUUAAAUUAAGAAUUUAU